AUGCUAACUUUACAACACUCGAGGCUGAUAAACUUGUUCUAACUGAAAUUGGGGGUUCAUGAUGUAGUACAGCGACUCUAUUUUGGCAUGUCAUUAAAAUGUUCAUGGCCCCACAAUCGGCUCUCUUAUAGUAUUUGGAUUUAUACUAUUCUCAAAUGGCUUAGAAAACAAUCAUCUAUGUUCCAGUCAUGAUUUUCUUAUGUUCUAUUUCCUUGGUACAAGUUUCCCAGGCAUACACAUACAGAAGUUCACAUAUUUUUCGUUUUUUUUAUCGUCUCCAUCUUUUAGCAACUUCCACUUUUAAUACAUUGACGGGAAAACACGCAGAGGUUGGGAUUACUACACCCGCCCUCAUCACCACAUGGACGGCUCGGAUCGAAAGGUAGUUCUUCUGGUCUCAUCGUCAAGAAGACCAUCAGGGUGGACAUCCCUGUGGAAAAGUACCCUACUGUAAGCUUGCCUCCUGCUUUAUUCUGGUCUUCGUCCUUAGAUUCAACCCUUGUGCUCCUUUCAGUAAUCCUCUACAGCGUCUUCACGUUCAGUACAAUUUCGUGGGGCGACUUCUUGGCCCGAGGGGGAACUCUCUGAAGAGAUUAGAAGCGAACACUGAAUGCCGUGUGUUGAUCAGAGGAAGGGGAAGCAUCAAGGACCAGGCCAGGGUAACGGUGCUUCUAUUCUUUUCCUCCUUUUAUACCUGUGUGCUAUACUCAUUCUGCAGUGUUGCUUCCGAGAUCAUGUUGUUUACAUCCCUUUCCCUAAUAUUUUAAUGAGACAUUUGGACGUGAACCAGCCUGAACGCUCACUACUCACGAACCAGGAAUGUGUCAUUAAAAUCAAUAUUAGUGAAAACUUCCAUUAUAGUCCCAUUUGAUGAAGCUUGGAGCUCCAAAGAGCGAUUAAAACUCACUGCUCUGGCAAGGGGCUGCUGCCAUCAAUGGGAGAUAGAACCAGAUAUUUUCUAAUGGGAGAGCAACUCCCCCCCACUCCCCCAAAGCACACACGCUCGCACUCAGAGGAUUCCAUUACAUGUCUAAUCUGA